GCGCUCUUUCUUAUUGGUGGAAAAGAUGCAUGGAGUAGCAACGGUAGCAGCUUCGGCCUUUUCGCUAACAUACGCACCUGGCUUUCAUGGAACUGAAAAAUCACCCCGGCUCCACUUCACAACACCCAAGAGAAAAUGUUCCCAGCGGGCACACCGAACUGUCGUUACGGCACAGUUUGACUUGAAGCCUCCUCCAUACUCGUUGAAUUCUUUGGAGCCACAUAUGAGCCGCCAAACGCUGGAGUAUCAUUGGGGAAGGCACCACCGAGGGUAUGUGGAAAACCUGAACCGACAGAUAGUGGGAACUGAGCUGGAUGGGAUGCCAUUAGAAGAUAUUAUUCUCGCUUCAUACAACAGGGGAGAUAUUCUCCCAGCAUUCAACAAUGCUGCACAGGUCUGGAAUCAUGAUUUUUUCUGGCAAUCCAUGAAACCAGGCGGAGGAGGACGGCCAUCUGGUGAUCUUCUGGAAUUGAUUAAAAGAGACUUUGGUUCCUAUGAGAGAUUCUUGAAAGAGUUCAAGGCAGCUGCAUCCACACAAUUCGGUUCUGGUUGGGCUUGGCUUGUGUACAAGGCAAAUAGACUCGACGUGGGAAAUGCUGUGAAUCCUUGUCCAUCCGAAAAGGACAACAAGCUUGUGGUGACGAGGAGUCCCAAUGCCGUGAAUCCCCUAGUAUGGGAUUAUUCGCCAAUCCUUGCGAUUGAUGUUUGGGAGCAUGCUUACUACCUCGACUAUGAGAAUCAACGGGCUGAUUAUGUGUCGACCUUCAUGGAGAAACUUGUUUCAUGGGAAGCAGUUUCUUCUAGACUCGAGCUGGCAAAGGCUCAGGCGGCAGAGAGGGCGAGAGAAGAUGAGAGGAGGCGAAGAGAAGAGGAAGAUGAGGAUAUGCUAGAUGACGAAGCAGUGGAAAUGUACUUGGACAGCGAUGCUGAUCAGUCAGAGCCUGAGUGAGUAGCAUUCAUCUGGUCCAUUGAUAGAACGUUGAGCAAGGCUGCGGUUGCACUGACAUCACUAUCCAGUGAGUUCUGCUUCCCCUCAAAUUCCAGCUUUCAGAUUUAGAAUGGGAUUUGUGAAAGUGGGCCGCGUAGGUGCACAUGGCUCAUGAGUGGUCUGUGACAUGCAUAUGCCCACUGAUUUGUAAUGAUCCAGUUCAUCCAGUCAUCGUUUUGGACACCCUGAUUGGACAAUCUUUAACCAUCUGAUAGAAGUUCUGGAGUUUUGCCUA